GUGUUGUUUAUUCCAAUCAUGGUCCACCCAUUUUUCUUGUUUAUGUGAAGAAGAAAGAAUCUUACUAUCUUUCACUUUAUCGAGGAAGCAAAAAAAGUAGUGAAAAUUGAAGACACUGAGAAUAAUGGGUUUUGCAAUGCAAUGCUCAAGCUAUGCCUAUUCUUGUUGUGUCCCUCAUCGAUUCUCCCCAACCGCCCUAUCUUUUCCAGCUUGCAAAUGGAACGGAUUCAAGAUCCAACCAAAGAAUCAGAUUGCUGUAUUCUGUGGUGCCGAGGACCGGAGCUCUAACUUUGAUUCUCACAGGAAAAGAAAAGUUGUGGAGCACAUUUGUCUCCUCAAAGCAAAAGAGGCUUUGUCCGACGAAGAAGAGAAUGACAUGCUUGAUUAUUUGUAUACCACCCAAUAUCAAAUGGGUGGUAUUAUUGCAAUUUCAUUAGGGCGCGUUUCUGCUCAGAAUCCUGACCAGUAUACUCAUGCUCUGUACAUGCGGUUUCAGAAGAAGGAAAACCUUGAAAAGUUCUAUGAGAAUUCCUUUUACUCCAAGGUUCUCAAGGACCACGUAAUGACUUACUGCCAUGGAUUAAUUAAUGUGGAUUAUGAAUCUGAAGUCGAUGAUGACAUGCUUUCUAUUUUUCGCAAAGGAGAGGAGUUUAGCCAUGGAGUGGAGUUUGUUCUUUUGUUAUCAUUUAACGAGGAUGCCUUAGAUAACAAGGUGGAACAUGCAUUGGCGUCUCUGAUAACAGUGAUGUUAGAAUCUCCUUCCUUGAUAGUACAAUUUACGCAAGGUUUGAAUUUCAAUGAAAGCUCUAAGGAGUAUACUCAUGGAGUAGUGAUAAGAUUUCGAUCAGUUGAGGCAUUCAAGAUAUUUUUACGCAGUCAAGAAUACAAAGAUGUAUGGUUAUCGAAGUUCCAGCCUAUUGUUCUGAAAUCACUGUCUCUUCAUUUCUCUGUUGAUCCGGUGGGAACCGAGCUUAUGUAGUGAGGAUAAUUUAUGAACAAAGGUGAAGGUUAUUUCCUGCAAUCUAUUUCCACUCGCAUGUUCUUUUGCUAUGAACUAUGACUAGUGUUGACACCAACAUUCUGUAACACGGUUGCGGAAAGCUUUUCUAUAUAAUUUACAUUUGGCAAUUUAGAAGAACAUUUAUAUAUUAAUACAUCAUAUAUUUCAAUUGUAUUAUCAAGUAUAGUUUCCUUAAUCCUCUCAAACUAUAUCUAUUCUACACCUUUUCUAGGAAACUAAACUAUCUUCAUACACAAAACCUGCAAAACCAUGUAUAACUUGAUAAGCAGCUGAUUGCUAGACAGUUUAUCAGUUAUGAAGCGGGUUUGGACCCCCUGGAACAUCAUGUAGAGAAACUCCAUAAAUCGGAUGAACCUCUUCUGUAUCGGGUAUCUGUUGUGUCUUUGUAUAGAACUGCAAUGAACCUGAGAACCGACGAAAAGAGUUUCUCCUUUUCAUUUGCUUGAUUCCCUUACUCGUCCAUCUUGUACCAUCGCUCGCAUCACUGCAACUUGUGAGAUGGCUAGUCAACAGUAUAAUGAUCAUUAAGAUCAGAAGAAGGAAGAGUCUUGAAUAUCGAACCGCCAUGUUGUUUUUGAGAGACUGAAAAUUCCAAAUAAGACAGUAGGAAAGACAAGGGGCUGAAAAUUUAGUUUGUUCCCUUAUGCAGGUUGGUCUGUCACACUUUAAUAUGAGGUCAGAGAAGCUGUAGCAAUGAUAGAAGCAAAACUAAACUAAUUUGAACGAAAUGGCGAAAAUGCCCAUUUUGAUCAUUGGUAGAUUUGCAGCCAGAUCAUUGAUUAAACUAGUUGACAAUUCAUAGAGGAUCAAUCAGUUUCGGAAUUUCAGUCAAAUGAUUCAAAUAGUUUGGAGAGGAAGAUACUGCCGAAUUAAACCGAGUUUUUCAAUAAUACUGUCAUCCAAGUAGGUGUUGAGUGCCAACUUAAAACACUCCUUGCAAGAAGAUGAGAAUGUUGACUUUAGAGUAUAGUUUAAGUAAUAAUAUAAAUCAUUCACAAAUUAAUUAAUAAUUGAUUUCAGAUACACGUAUGUAUAAUAAAUGAUGAAUGUGUUGAAAUAUCAACAUUUUUUUCUCCUGGCUUAAAAGAUUCAUAUCUGGAUGGUUGAUAAAGAUAUGGGAUAAUAAUUGCUGUGAUUUGGGUGAGCUUUUAUAGAGGAAUUGAUCUGUUAAUGAUAA